UUUUCUAAAAAUGCUUCCAUCAGUCAUGGGGGAUCACAUAGCAGCCAUUUUAGCAGCUCUGGAGGCCAUGGUGGUUGGAAGAAAAGUGGUCUGCUAAGCAUCAAUGAGAAAGAAACCAUGCAAUUUUUGAAUGAAAGACUAUCUACCUACCUAGAUAAAGUGACCUCUCUUGAACAGGAAAAUGCCCAGCUGGAGAGGAAGAUAUGUGAGUGGUAUGCAAACAAUGCACCCAGCUCAUUACCCGACUCAAGCCAGUAUCUCAGGAUAAUUUCUGAUCUCCAGAAUCAGGUAAGAACAUAUUAAUUAUUUCAACUUUAAAAGAGUUCCAUUGUAGAAAAUAAAUUAUACUAGGUGAUCAAAGUUCCAUGUAUGCAAUGAGUUUUUGCGACUAUAUAGAUUACCUGCAAGACUUAAUGUAAAAAUAGUCAAUGUUCAUUUAUGCUUGCAUAUUUUACAAUAUGUAUCAUAUGUUACCUUGAAAAAUAAUAAAAUAUUAAAGUUCUGUAGAAUAAUAAAUGCUUUGAGUUCUACAGUAAGAUAUGUCUUCUAGAUCUCAAGUGCCACCAUGGAUAACGCCAGGAUUCUUCUCCAAAUAGACAAUGCCAGACUGGCUGCCGAUGACUUCAAGAACAAGUAAGUAUAAUAACAUACCAUAAGACCAAUUCAUCACCUGUUGGCAAUGCAUAGUUAUUUUUCCAUUUUCAGCUCCAUGUUAAAACCUGAAUGGCAUCAAAUAGUAUCUUGUAUCUUUGUAAUGUAUUUCUGUAGGUUUGAAAUGGAACGUCAGCUAAGUAAUGGCACUGAGUCAGAUGCCAAUUGCUUGCGCAGAGUACUGGAAGGACUGAAUCGGGAGAGAUGUGAACUAGAAAUGGAAGUUCAGAACCUUCAGGAAGAACUUCAGCAGAUGAAGAGAAACCAUGAGGAGGUAGUGUACAGAAAGAGGUUCUGCUUUAGACUAAAAAUAUGACAGUCUUUUGUCACACUAACACUGCAAGUUCCCAUAUUUGAAGCUUCCAUUUGAGUCAAGGAAUGUAUUUCUUCUUUUUGGUGGAAGGGUUAGCUAAUUUAUAGUAAGGAUGUUUCAAACAAUCCACCUGCACUCAUUUUAACCCAAUCUACUAUACUCAACCCCAUGCAGGAGGUGAACUGUCUCCGUGCACAGCUGGGAGCCAGAGUCAAUGUUGAGUUAAAUGCUGCCCCAUCAAUCGAUCUGAACAGGGCAUUGUCAGAAAUUCGAGACCAGUAUGAAAAUCUAAUGCAAAAUAACCUGAGAGAAACUGAAAACAUGUUCAUUCAGAGGGUAUGUAUACUUAUUAUUACUAUUCAAAAAUGUUUUAUAUGUUUCAGCAAAUUAUAUAAUAUCUGAAAGUUAUUUUACCUUGGAGACCUUCUGUUUCUGUGCUUUAUUUAGUAGUUUGAGUGUGGGUCUUAGAAGCCUACCCUACAUUUCUAUUAGUACUGUCCUAUCAAUACUCAUUAAAUGUUCUACUGGACACAUGUCUGAUAAGAAGAAGACCAAUUAUGAAGACAAGUGUUUUAUGAAAAUCCUUGUGUUAUCUAUUUGACAUGAAUGCCUGUUCUGGUCAAGAUGUGGACCUUGAGAGAGUGGUGGAAAGUGAUUGGAUCAAUGUGGUCAUUGCAAUAAUUUAUAGGUCCUUGUGUAAUAAUAGUGAGGGGUGGUAAGACAAUUAUAGUGUAAAAUCAAUCUCCCUUUACAAUGUGGUCAGCGGCUUCUUAUAGCAGCACAUGAUCAAGACAAGAUUCUGGUUGAUAACAAUGGUCUACAAUUAUCUGAUGUUACUGAUGAAUUUAACAGAAUGUAUGUUUAACACUAUUUGCAUGCUGAAUGUUUAUUGUUCUUACAGAGUGAAGAACUGAACCGGCAGAUUGGGUCUGGGGCCGAGCAGCUGCAAUCUGUACAAACGGAGGUCAUUGAACUGAAGCGUACCCUGCAGACCCUGGAGAUUGAGCUACAGAGUCAGCUGAGCAUGGUAUGUUUACCCAUAACUAAUGUUAUCAAUAUUUCAAAGUUCGCAUGGGAUACAAUUAUUAUAGCGUGAUAGGAAAAAUUAAGAUCUAUUGUCAAACACCUAUGAAAAUAUAAUUUAUGCUUCUUUAAAGACAUCAGCUCUGGAAUGCACCUUGGCAGAGACACAAGGAACCUAUGGAUCUCAGAUUGCCCAGUUGCAAAGUAUGAUCGACAGUGUAGAAUCUAAAUUGGCUCAAGUCCGAUCUGACCUGGAGCGACAGAACCAUGAGUACAAGAUCCUCAUGGACCAGAAAACCCAUCUGGAAAUGGAAAUUGCAACCUACAAGCGCCUUCUUGAAGGCCAUGACAUUCAGUAAGUACACUAAUUGUACCUCCAUAAUGGCAAAGGCCUCAGUGAGUGAAGUUGUCUCUUUUUUUUUACAGUAAUAUUGUAGAAAAUAGAGAGUGCCUAUUGUAGAAUUAUUAGAAAUUAUUACUUUAUUGUUGUUGUAUAAAAGUAUUUAAAAACAGCAACACCAACCACACACGAAUAACUAUUUUAUUUUCUUUGUCCUAGGGUUUCAGGAAAUCACAAUACAGGUGGAAAACAUGGUAAGUAAUAAAAUACUGUUAUAAAUAUAUGUAAUAUGACUAUAGCUGAAUUGACAAAUUGUCCCAAAUAAGUUAUUUGGUCCCAAAGUUUGAAAUGGAUUUGAAUUCUUAACAAGUGCAUAUUUUCUGAAUAAAUCCCUCUAAUUGAUAAUAAAAUCUGCAAUAUACUACAGCUAACACUUUUUCUAACUUGAAAAUCAAAGCACAGUUACUCAAAGAAAAGAUAAUUAUUGGAGCAGAUAUUCAGACAUCGAGGACAAAUAUUUCCAGAUUACUUUUUAACACUCUAUUUAUAUAUGACUGGUUAUUUAAGAGGAUGGGAAAUGGUUUUCUGCUAAGUACGUUUUGUACAAACCACUUGUGCGUCUAAAUAUAUUGCUCCGAUAUUACAUUGUGUGUAGAGUAACAGUUUCUUUUAAAUAUGUUAAAAAGCAUAUUAGCAGGCAUGCUGUACAUCAUGUGUGCUGAAAAGGUAGAUCCCCUGAUGUUGUAGAACUACAACUCCCAUGAUGCUUUGCAUGCCUUUAGAAUGACAAACUAUCAUGGAAGCUGUAGUUUUAAAGCAUCUGGGGAUGUAAGAAACCCUCUUUGAUUUUUUUUCCCCCCAACUCAGUAAGUUGAUUCUCGAGUCAAAAGACCUUACUACCAAAUAAAUGCCUCUUAGAAAGUUUUUGGGGAGCUAACAUGUUAUUUCAAGGGAUGUUCCAGGCAUUUAAAGUCACUUUUAUUUUUUUUAAGUUCAUGAUAAAAAUAUUUACUUGCGUUCAAUAUGCCUUCCAGUCUGCAUCCUCAGGUUCUGGUUAAAUACAUUUAAGAGGGAAGUGAGGGAAACUGAUCUGAAAUAUUAUCGCUACCAUUAUCACUUUAACAAUACCCUGUCUGCAGACCUAUGUGAUAUUAUAGGAUUACAUAAAAGACUAGAGCAGGGGUCGGCAACUGUCGGCACUCCAGAUUUUGUUGACUACAUAUCCCAUAAUGCUUUGACAGCUAUGGUUCUGGGAGAACACCAGGGGUGAUGUAGUCCAUGACAUCUGGAGUGCCAAAGGUUGCCUACGUUACUCAGCUUAAAACAUUAGUAGGGUUAUUUACUAAAAUGAGAAAUGUUGGGAGAAAUGUUCAAAGUGAAUUGAAAGUGAAUUUAAAAUUUAAGGCCUCAAUAGAUGAAGUAGAAGCACAGCUGACUUGAAGAAUGUUUCCAGUUCCGGCUCCUUACAUUGGAAAUUCACGUUAAAUUCCCAACAAAUCUCACUUUUAUUUCAAAUCACUGUCAGGGUUAUCUUCUAAAUUUAAAAUUCAAAGUGAAUUCAAAGUGAAUUUCACAUUAAAGUUCAAACUGAUAAUAUAGUCAACAAAUUUGAAAUUCACUUUUAAUUAACCUUGAAUUAUCACUUUCAUAAAUAGCCCUGUGAGUAACUCUGCUUAAAAGAACACUAUAGGGUCAGAAACAAACAUGUAUUUCUGACCCUAUAGUGAUUGUAGCCAUAUUAGUCCAGUGAUGCAGAUGUAAAAUCUGACCCUGUAGUGUUAAAAACACCAUUUAGCUCCCCCCUUUACCCCCUGGCUCCAGUUUCUCCCCUAAAUAUAGUAAACUGUUACCUUUAUUCCAGUCUGCUGCUGCUGGCUCUGCCUCUGAUCUGCCUGCUUGGCUAACAUCAUCAGAAGUGUUGUUCAAAGCUAAUCGCAAUGCUUUCCAAGGAAAGCACUGGAUUGGCUGAGAGUGUCAAGGAGGCCGAUCAGGGGGUAGAACCAGCACAAGCCAAACACAGCCCUGGCCAAUCAGCAUCUCCUCAUAGAAAUUCACUGAAUGAGGUAAGUUCAGUUUAUCAAUGCACUGUAUGCCCCCAGGAAGCAGCUCUAGUAGCCAUAUGAAGAGUGGCCAGUGGAGGUAUCCCUAGGCUGUAAUGUAAACACUGCAUUUUACUGCAAAAAGCCUGAAUGGAAUGAUUCUGCUCACCAGAACAAAUACAAUAAGCUGUGGUUGUUAUAGUCACUUUAGUGUCCCUUUAAUAAUAUAACAAUGUCUUUACUUUCAAGGAUCUCACAUUACAAUGGCUCACAGCACUGAACAUGAUAACAAGUGUUAAAACAGAGAAACAAAACUAUUGGCGAAAAUAAAGAAAAAAAGAAGACAAAUAUUUACUCUACAAUCUUCUAUAUCUUAAAUUGGAAUGUUCACUGCUUUAUCUAUGCUUAAACAAACUAUGCUUGCAUCUCCUUAAAAACAAAACUUUAAGAAAGAUAUCACGUAAGUGAAUAAUUCAAUGGUUUGUGGGAACAAUAUGUACUGUAUACUUCACUGAAGUAUUCUCAUCAAUUCCAAUCUUUCCGGUACCUUCAUGAGAUCUUUGUAGAUAACACACAAGCUCAGAUUCUUU